AUGGAUCUCUCGACGGCGAUGUGGACGGCGACGGUCGUCGGCGCUGUCGCGGUCUACUGGACAAGUACAAGCAGUACUGGGCCUUCUUUCUCCGCUCCAAGGAGGGCAUUGCCCUCCGCCGCGUCCGACAACGAUAACGUCCCUGCCUUCGUCGACACCUUCUACAACCUCGUCACAGACAUCUACGAGUGGGGAUGGGGGCAGUCCUUCCACUUCUCGCCCUCACUUCCCGGCCGCUCCCACCGGGAAGCCACACGCAUCCACGAGGAGCCCGCCGCUGAUCUGAGAGAUGGGGUGCGUUGCCUCCGCCUCGGCCGCAUCCCGACCCUCGUCGUCUCCUCCCCCGACACUGCCCGGGAUGUCCUCCGCACCCACGAUCACAUCUGCGCCAGCCGCUCCUCCACCACCGUCACCCGCAUCCUCCUCGAUGGCUGCAGCGACAUGGCCUUCGCCCCCUACGACGACGAGUGGAGGCAACGCCGCCAGAUAUGCACCCUCCACCAGCUGAGCCCCAAGAUGGUAUAG